UAAUUUUGAGGGCAUGGUACACCUUCUUAAUUUGCUUGAUUCUCUUGGAAGUCUUCUGUCUCGGAAUGAUUCUAAUGGUAAAGAAAUAGAGAUGCUCUUUACACAUGGAGAAGUUGUUGAUUCUUCCCAUAAGCAUAAGAGUGAAGCAUAUACGUCUUGUACUUCUGCUCAGCUGUACAAGAUCAGAAAUGAAUGCAUUGAUGCUCUAAGAUCUGUUUGUCAGUCUCUUGCUCAUGUCCUUCCAGAGAGUAUGAACAGAAAUUUGGUAUGGCAGUUUUGCUUUCAAUCUGCCUCGCUCAUCUUCUGCACAGUGUCUAGCUCAUAUACUCUGCAUAGAGUAGAAAUGGAUCCACUGAACUUGUUGGUUAUUGACGAAGCUGCACAGUUAAGAGAGUGUGAGUCAGCGAUACCCAUGCAACUUAAAGGCGUACAGCAUGCUAUUCUAAUUGGUGACGAGUGUCAGCUACCAGCCAUGGUUGCUAGCAAGGUUUCUGAUGAAGCUGGAUUUGGGAGAAGUCUAUUUGAGAGGCUGAGUUCAUUGGGACAUUCAAAGCACCUUCUAAACAUUCAGUACAGAAUGCAUCCUAAAAUAAGUGCUUUCUCAAACGCCAACUUUUAUCGGAACCAGAUUUUAGAUGCUCCCAAUGUCCUCUGUAAAAGUUACGAAAGACACUAUCUUCAAGGACCAAUGUUUGGUCCAUACUCGUUUAUAAGCACUUCUGAUGGAAGAGAUGAACAAGACAAUGUUGCACAUAGCAGGAAAAAUAUGGUGGAAGUUGCAAUUAUUCUGAAGAUUGUAAGCAAGCUUUUUAGAGCAUGGGAUGGCACAAAAGAGAAGCUAACGAUUGGAAUAAUAUCCCCAUAUGCUGCUCAAGUUGCUGCAAUUCAAGAGAAACUUGGUCACAAAUAUGAGAAGCUCAAAUACUUCGCCGUGAGGGUGAAGUCUGUAGAUGGCUUCCAAGGUGGCGAAGAGGAUAUCAUAAUAAUCUCUACUGUCAGAUCUAACAAGGAAGGAUCUAUUGGAUUCCUAUCUAAUCUUCAGCGAUCUAAUGUUGCUUUGACCAGGGCACGGCGUUGUCUUUGGGUUUUGGGUGAUGGGAAAACUCUGCUUCGAAGUGGAUCUUGCUGGAGCGCGUUAGUUUCUGAUGCCAAAGAUCGGCAUUGUUUAUUCAAUGCUGGUGAAGAUAAAGACCUAGCUAAAGCAGCAGUGAAAGCCAAGAAAGAACUUGAUCAGUUGGAUGACUUGUUGAAUGGAGAUAGCAUACUCUUCAAAACUGCAAAGUGGAAGGUUUUGUUCAGUGAUAACUUUAGAAAAUCGUUCAUGAGAUUGAAAUCAUUUCAGACCCAAAAGUCUGUUAUCAGUUUGUUGCUUAAGCUUUCCAAUGGCUGGAGCCCCAAAAAGGUAGACUCUAUUGGUGGAAACUCCUUGCAGCUCGUGAAACAGUUUAAGGUUGGACGACUAUAUGUUAUUUCUGCUGUCGACAUUGUGAAGUAUUCAAGCUAUGUCCAAGUGUUAAAGAUAUGGGAUAUCUUACCUCUGGAGGAGAUGCCGAAACUUGUUAAGCGUCUUGAUGGCAUUUUUAGUAUGUAUACAGACGAUUUCAUCAACCGCUGUAAAGAGAAAAAUGCUGAUGGGGAUAUGGAAGUGCCAGUGAUCUGGGAACCAUGUAAUGAAGUUGUUCGAUAUAACACAAGAACUGAGUCGUCUAGUGAGUCGAGUGUUGCAGAAUUUGACGGAAGAAGCUAUCUAGAAAACUCAAAAGUGAAUGAGAGCCUAUUACUGAUAAAAUUCUACUCUUUAUCAUCUGGUGUUGUGAGCCAUUUGUUAUCAGGAAGUGAUGGCAGAGAACUUGAUCUUCCUUUUGAAAUGACUGAUCAAGAGUUGGAAAUAACUCUUUUUCCCAGAAGUAGUUUUAUUCUUGGAAGAUCUGGAACUGGGAAAACAACUAUCUUAACCAUGAAAUUAUUUCAAAAGGAGCAGCAACAUUAUUUCUCUUCGGAAGGACUAUCCGAGGGUGCAAAUUCUAUCCCUGCUUCCCCAAAGUAUUGGAUGGGAAAGGGUCUCGGAGAGACAAAGGGACCCGUCCUACGGCAAAUGUUUGUGACUGUCAGCCCUCAACUGUGUUCUGCUAUCAAGAAUCAAAUUUCUAAUUUGAAAAGUUUUAUCUGCGGCGGGAAAUCUUCAGUUGAAGAUAAGUCAACUGAUAUGCAUGACAUUGAUGAUAUGACUGAGUUCAGUAGCAUCCCUAAUUCUUUCAUGAAUCUACCGCUUGAUUGCUACCCACUUGUGAUCACGUUCCAGAAAUUCUUACUGAUGCUUGAUGGAAGUCUGGAGAAUUCGUAUUAUGACAAGUUUAAUGACGUAAGGGAGUUUUGUGCGGGAAAUACUGGAACAACUAGGACGUUUGCCUUAAAUGCUUUUAUUAGAUCAAAGGAGGUUAAUUACGACAGGUUCAAUACAGUUUACUGGCCCCAUUUCAAUUGUCAAUUGACCAAGAAACUGGAUUGUUCAACUGUUUUUGUUGAGAUAAUGUCUCACAUCAAAGGUGGGCUGGUUGCUGGUACAGUUCCUAAUGGAAAACUCGGCCGGGGAAAUUAUUUGUUACUAUCUGAGGGACGGGUUUCUACCUUAAGCAAGGAUUUAAGAGAGAUGAUUUAUGAUAUUUUUCUUGAUUAUGAGAAGAUGAAGCUGCUGAAUGGUGAGUUUGAUUUGGCUGAUUUAGUCAUGGACCUUCAUCGACGGCUGAGAAAAGGGAGCUAUCAGGUUGAUCAAAUGGAUUUUGUGUAUGUUGAUGAGGUCCAAGAUUUAACCAUGAGACAGGCUGCUCUGUUUAAAUAUAUUUGCCAAAAUUUCGAGGAAGGAUUUGUUUUCUCGGGUGAUACAGCUCAAACUAUUGCUAGGGGUAUUGAAUUCCGAUUCCAAGACAUAAGAUCUUUGUUUUACAAUGAAUUCAUCUCAGAACCAAGAAGUGAUAUCAAAGGGAAAGCAAAGGAGAAGGUACAUUGUUCAGUUUCUGAUUAUUUUCAAUUGAGUCAGAAUUUCCGGACUCAUGCAGGUAUUCUCAAGCUGUCCCAGAGCGUAAUUGAGCUUCUUUACCACUUCUUUCCCCUCUCUAUUGAUUCUUUAACCCCCGAGAAAAGCCUUAUUUAUGGUGAAGCACCAGUUUUACUUGAAUCCGUGAAUGCCGAAAAUGCAAUUGUAACUAUUUUUGGAAAUAGUGGGAGUUCUGGUAGGAGUUUGAUUGGGUUUGGAGCAGAGCAAGUUAUUUUAGUACGCGAUGAUUCUGUGAAGAAAGAAGUCUCUGACCAAAUUGGAAAGCAAGCCCUUGUGUUGACAUUAGUUGAGUGCAAAGGCCUCGAGUUUCAGGAUGUUCUGUUGUACAACUUUUUUGGAACAUCUCCUUUAAAGAAUCAGUGGCGUGUCAUUUAUGGAUACAUGGAGGAACUAGCUUUGUUUCAAUGUACUGAACACAAAUCAUUUCCAAGUUUCUGCUCUGCUAAGCACAAGAUUCUUUGCUCUGAAUUAAAGCAACUGUAUGUGGCUCUUACUCGUGCUAAACAGAGAUUGUGGGUGUAUGAAAAUAUAGACAUAUUCUCGAAGCCUAUAUUUGAUUACUGGAAGAAGUUAGGAGUCGUACAGGUUAGACAGCUGGAUGAAUCUCUUGCACAGACAAUGCGAGUUGGAAGCAGCACAGAAGAGUGGUGUUCUCGCGGUAUCAAGCUUUUUAAUGAGGGUAAUUUUGAUAUGGUGACAAUGUGUUUCGAAAGAGCUGGAGAUUCAUACAAAGAAAAAUGGGCAAAAGCUGCUGGACUUAGAUCUGCUGCUAACCAAAUGAGUGGUUCAAACUCUGAACUGGCUCGCUUGUUUCUGACAGAGGCUGCUGAAAUUUUUGAAGCAAUUGGAAAGUUUGAGAUUGCUGCAAAAUGCUUUAUUCAGUUAAAGGAAUUCGAAAGGGCAGGUAUAAUUUAUCUCAACAAAUGUGAGGAAUCAAGGCUAGAGGAUGCAGCUGAUUGUUUUUCUCUUGCUGGAUGCUGGUCUAUUGCGGCCGAAGUGUAUUCUAGGGCCAAUUGCUUGAUGAAGUGCCUUACUGUUUGCGCCAAAGGGAAUCUUAUGGAAAUGGGGCUUCAGUUCAUAGAGAAAUGGAAAGCAGAUGGAAUAUUUGAUGCUGAUGCAACCCAAAGUCCGGAAGAAUUGCAACAAGAAUUUUUGGAGAGAUGUGCAUUUCACUACCAUCAAGUGAAAGAUACACACAGUAUGAUGAAGUUUGUUCGAGCCUUCAACUCAUUGGACUUAAUGCGAACUUGUUUGGAAACUCAUAGUUAUCUCGAUGAGCGCGUGGUUUUGGAGGUCGAGUUUGGAAACAGUAUGGAGGCUGCCAAUUCUGCUAAACUGAGAGGAGAUCUUCUUCUUGGGGCAGAAAUACUGGAAAAGGGUGGGCACUUUGUAGAAGCAUCAAAGAUCAUUCUUCUGUAUGUUCUUGUCAACUCUCUUUGGAUAAAAGGAAGCAAAGGUUGGCCCUUGAAGAAAUUCUCAAACAAAGAGGAGCUUCUGACAAAAUCAAAAUUGAUGGCAAAGACAGGAAAUGAUCACUUUUAUGAGUUAAUCUGCGUGGAGGCUAGCUCAUUGUCAGAGAAAGAUAGCAGCUUAGCAGAGAUGGGAGAUUUUUUGGCUACUUCCCAGAGACUCGGUCAUUUUGGAGCAGAAAUUAUAUACCUUCGGAAGAUUCUCGAUUCCCAUCUUAAGGCAAGGCUUGCUAACUAUGAACAUGAUGAAAUGGUUGUGUUGAGUUCUAUGGAACAUGCAGCAUUUAUGACUUCGCGUAAGAGAGUCUCAAUUCAGACUUUAAUUCACUUCUGGAAUAUAUGGAGGGAGAAGAUUCUAAGCAUAUUGGCAUACCUUGGUUCGAUUGGAACAGUACAUGAAAAAGACUACAAGGGCUGUGAGGAGUUUUGUCUGAGUUACUUGGGUGUCUGCAAAACAGUACAAAAUAGCAGUUCCAUCUACAUAUUGCUAAAAUCAGAUGCCUUUUGGAUGAACGACAUCUGUCAUAGAUCUGUUAGCCGAAAUGGUGAAUUGCUUACAAUGGAUGUUCACCAGUUUGUAGCUGCUGCUCAAAGUUUCUGGGGUUCUGAAGUCACUUGUCUUGGUAUGAAUGUGGUUGAAAAGCUCAACAGCCUCUAUGAGUUUUAUGUUGGAAAGUCUUCCUCAAUGUUUAAUCAGGUAACGACUUCUCUUCACAUGUUUGAAGUCACAAAGGGGCUCAUGGAACCGAAGGUCUUAAACUGGGAUGCCCCUAAGACACUGCUAGAGUACUCGGCGUCUUCUAAGCAGCGGUUUUUCGAAAUUAUAUGUCCUGCAGACUCAAAAAUGAUCUUUUCAGAAGAUGUGACUAAACUAAGAAAAACGGAGCUUUGUACGGAAAUUACCAGAAACAUAAUUAUGGAAAUAAUCACCUCAGAAAGAAGGUUGUCACUUGGGCGAAUUUGGAAAGUGGUGAUGCUCAUAUUUGUGUCUGGGAGUCUACCUGCUGAACUGUAUCGGGCGAUUGUAAAUCGUUCCGACUUGAGCCCACAUUGGAGAUCCUUCUUUGAGCAGUUUAAAGAUUACAUUGAUUCAAGUGUUGUGAGGUCUUCAUUUCUCUUGCAAAUUAAAAACUCCUUGGGGAAGACCUUUUUUCCCAAUUUGAGAAAGAUAACAAGUUAUAUGUCACCUUUCCACUUUUCGUAUCUUCUGGAGCGCUUCCUUUAUUUGGCAAGUUCUUGGAAAUCUGUAUUUUUCACGACAAAGUCUUCUCUCCUGGAAACACUUGCAUGUGAGGGAUGGAAAGUGAACUCAAAAUCCGAGUUAGAAACAGAUAGUAGAUUAAAGGAAGAACUACGAUCUUUGGAAGGUUUUCUGUUGGGCUUUGGUCAUGAUAUGCUUACGAGGUUUUCUUUGGAAUGGCUUGAGAAAACUGAUGGUGCUGCCAAGAAAAACUAUCCUUCUCUUGUUUUAAGGUUAUUUACCCAUGUUUGUCUAGUUUGUAUCAAUGCUGAAAAUCAUUUUGAUCUUCUCUGUGAUCUACUCAUCAAAGAUGACAUAUGUUCUUUGCUCCCAAUGGAAUUUCGUAAGAUCCUGAGCCUUGCAACACCAUCGAAAUUUUCCUUUGGGGGAGUAUCCAAGGAGGUCGAUUACAGCAAAUUAUCUAAAUUAUUUGCGGAGGUGCUUAAGAUCAUUGAGAAUCCUCUGGUGAUUCUGUAUAUAGGUAAAAAUCGCCCAACCUUUUCCUGUGUUAAUGCUGUAUUCAUAGACAUGGAGUUGAUUCUGUGCAGACAAGAUGUAUUGAAUAUACUUUACCCUGAGAGAAUAGAAUGUUUACAGCAAGAUGCCGUUGAAUUGGAGAUUGAACACCUAAAGGUUCCUUCAUGCAAUAUUGAGAAUGUUAUUCACUGUUCUCAACCUUCCAGUUCAUUUAUUGAAGAGGAACAGUUCAUGGAGAAUGAGCAUGAACAUGUUAGUGAUUUGCAAGGGGGUUACAGGAUGGUUUGGCGCGCAUAUGGCAGUUUAGCAAUGGAUCCAUUUGCAUUGAAGUUUAAUGUAGAGUUGCUUAACCGUGUUCUUGAUGCUGCAAUUGCCAAAUUGAAUCUGAAUGCAUCUUCUGAUGCCGAAGAUCGUAGCUUCGUUACUGAAACAGAAAUCAUGCUUGCUGAAUUAAAUGAACUCUUAAUUGCCUUCAGAGUUUCUUGUCCGAGAGAGGAGAAUAUCCAGCCCAUCCUUUCAAGAUUCGGCGAACUUAUUAGAAAGUGUCCAACGAUGGAGACAAGAUUGAGACAACUGUCAGCUCCUUUUUUCGCAACGCUUAUAGCUCCAAAUACUGUUAUCAGAUCUUUUCCGGCCAGUGUAUCAUCGAAGGCUAAAUACAGCAAGAAGAAGGAAAAAUCAAGAUUAGAAAAGGAUAAGAAGGAAACAAAUGCAACAGGCUGACUGCAGGACAGGUUUUUUGGUGCAUUGGGUCUGAGAGCCAUUGCAGGUGCUGCCUGGUUUGCAGUUUGUCAUAUAAAUAAAAUUUACGUUGCAUCCUUGAGCAGUCAACACAUACAAAAUAUAGACGCAGAGUCUUUCACAAAACCUUGGUUAGAACAUGCACUAUGGAUAGCAAGAGAAACCCAAUUUGUGCAAGUUUACGGGUAAGCCCACUCAGAAUUUCAGGUCAUAAAUAGACAUUUGCUGCCCAACAAAGACUUGAAAAUCUGAAAGUUCCCGGUAUGGGAGGAAACUCAUCCGUUAUUAAAAGUAGGAAUUACCUAUAGAUCCUAUUAUAGUGUUAUUAGUUAGUGGCAGGUCCACCCACUAAAGCCCAAUAACCAGAGGUCCAUGAUUAAAAGAAAGAAGAAAAAUGGACCCAAUUUUUUAUCACUUGGUCCUGUACACGUGCGAAACUAGGAAAAUAUUUUCGAUAAAUGUCUGGAUUACUUUUCGUAUAUAAUAAUGAUAAGACUAAAUUAGAAGAAGAGAUUUUCAUUUUUAUUUUCAUUUUCUCUUACCACGACUCCAGCUCUGCGUUGAAGAUCGAAGAAACUCCAUUUGAAAGCAUCACCGACGAGUUUUAUUGAAUGAAUCAUCAAUAAAAUCCAACAAACAAGAUAAGGACUUUGUCGUUGGAUUCAUGCUUUGUUCUUAUUCGGAUCUAGAGACUAACAUAAUUCAGUGGAUAUAGGUCGAAGGAGAACGAUUUGUCUGUUGGUAUUUUAGUUCGGGUUAGGUGUAGGAAUGGAUCGUGGUGGCCGUGGCGUAUAAUGGGAUUUCCUGAAUUUCCUGAUGGUCACUGAAGGAUCAAACUCCGGUGAAAUUCUUGGGACGAUAUAAUGCAAACAUUUGGUCACUUAGCAGGGGGCUCAACAAGACGUGCUAGUUGAUAUGGUUGCAUAAAGUCAUUCUUACAAGCAGAGAUUGGUACACCUUAUCAACACAACUACGCAUUUUGGAGUCAUGUUACAUGAAAGAAGAGGAGAAGAGGCAUAAUUCAUCAUUUUGGGUACGCUAGGUGCUAAUGGAUUUGAAGCCAAGGCAGUCACACUUAUUAAUCGGGGUAGUCACCUGCUGUGAUAAGGUCCAGUCUUAUACGCAGCAACAACAAAGCUAUGUCCUAAUACACUCAGACCAGUUCCGCUCAUUUCAUAUCAGUCUACAACCAAAAUACGAAGAGCUGCUGCCAAGAGUUUACCGUUGUCCAACAAAGUCGACCAGCAACUAGUCACGGUUCUUGUGGUCGUGUUUGAGGAGGAAAGGCGUGAUCCAGAAGCUCAGAACAACACGACAGAGUGAGAUAUUAAUACCGAGAAACCAGUUGGGAAAGAGUUGUUGUCUGUCAUUGAUUGGAAUGAAGAUCAAGGGACAUCAGGACUGGGAUCUCGAAGCUGAGAAGGAAAUAAAGAUUGGGUAUUCAAUUUUGGAGAGUUUGGUUUGAUUUUGAAGUCGUUUUGCUGCCAAGAGAAGGCAGUGAAGAGAAGACAAGUUGCUGCCGUUAUGAUGAUAAGUGAUGAUGAAUGUUUCUGAGUUUUGAAUGAAUUAGAAAUGUGGAUGCUUGUGUAAUUUAAUUAUUGUCGCAGGGAAGGAUAUUGAAAGAGCUUAGGAUUCAACAUCAAGCUCAGAACUGUAUAUAAGCAAACUGCACACAGGUUGUUUGUAGAAAGGCCGGAAAGAGCAUUUCUUCACAGUUUCAAGAUCAGCUGCGACCAGCUUAGUAUGUCAGAUGUAGGAGAUGUUAAAAAUGCAGACAAGGGAUUGUGCAACCAGUAUUCACAAAUCCAAGUAAGUCUUUUGCAGUUAUCAGCCAUGGUUACAUUGGUUGUACAAGGGUUCGACCAGACUUUCGACAAGAGUUUGAGGCGAGUAAUCAGUGAAGAGGGCAAAAGUUCUGCCCAAGUAUUGUGUAGCUGCUAGUCUUGGAUCGAGGCUGUGCACAAGGGCUGUCUGGCAAAGGCAAAAGCUUGAUUUAGAACUUGAGAUAAACAUGGAAACAUUGGUCGAAUAUUCAAAGAUUGGGUUUGUAAAACUUGGACGAAAAACCAGUUAAGAGAGUGAAGCUUCUUGCCGUUGAUUUUGAUAGUUAACAGUGCAUAAGAUAUGUACUCGAAUUUAUAAGUAUAUAAGAUAUGUGUACUCAAAUUUGUAAGUAGUGCAGUGAAUAUGUACUCAAUAUAAUAAGGGUGUAGACACGCACACAUUUGGUAG